ACAUACAUAUAUAAUGAAGUUCUGAAUUACAGACAGUGUGGAGGAAGUCUGCAUUGACUGUAAACAUCGCAAAGGUUCAUGUAAAGCGCGUAGGUCAACAGGAGAGGUUUACCAGUACAAACAAGGAAAAUACUAUUAGCAAGAUUCGUGACUGUAACAGAGAGAGGCACGUUACAAGCUAGCUAAUGGUAGCUAAGAUAAACGUUAUCUGAUAUUAUCAUUUAGCAGUCAUCCAUCAGCUUGGUAAAACGCUUAGGUACACGUUUUGGAAACGUUAAAGUAAAGAUUGUUUGGGCAAAAGCUGAGAAAGAAAGAAAGACAUCGAUAACCCUUUGGUGUGCUUUAGAAAUUAUUGAUGGACUUCAUUGCUGGAUGCUUAGGAGGUGCGGCUGGAGUGUUGGUUGGACACCCAUUUGACACAGUAAAGGUAAGACUGCAGGUCCAGAGUGCUGAUAAACCUCUAUAUCGUGGGACUUUCCACUGCUUCCAGUCCAUCAUACGUCAGGAGUCGGUAUUUGGCUUGUAUAAAGGCAUUGGAUCCCCCAUCAUGGGCCUUACAUUCAUCAAUGCUAUAGUGUUUGGUGUUCAGGGAAAUACAAUGCGAUGGCUGGGGGAAGACACCCCAAGGAACCAGUUCCUUGCUGGUGCUGCAGCGGGAGCCAUCCAGACUGUGGUCUGCUGCCCCAUGGAGCUGGCCAAAACCCGCAUGCAAAUGCAGGGUACAGGGGUAAAGACGGGCUAUAAAAAGAUGUAUAAGAACUCCUUUGACUGUUUGCUACGCAUUUACAAACAGGAGGGUCUGCGGGGUGUAAACAGGGGCAUGGUUACUACACUUGUCCGUGAAACACCUGCCUUCGGGGUUUACUUCCUGUCGUAUGAUUUGCUGACUCGCAGCCUCGGCUGUGAGCCAGAUGCCCGCUUUUUGAUUCCCAAACUGCUCUUUGCUGGGGGUAUGGCAGGCGUCAUGUCUUGGGUCUGCAACUAUCCCGUAGAUGUGAUCAAAUCACGACUCCAAGCAGAUGGGGUGGGUGGUGUGAACCAGUACAGCAGCAUUGCUGACUGUAUCCGGCAGAGUGUCAGAAAAGAGGGUUACAUGGUGUUCACUCGAGGCCUCACUUCCACACUGCUAAGAGCCUUCCCUGUGAAUGCUGCCACUUUUGCUACCGUCACCCUCUUCCUCAUGUACGCACAAGGUGAGGAUGGAGGGCCUAAAGACUGUGAGCCGGCCCCGACACAGACAGAGGAGCAGACCCGGCCCACCAACCUGUGACAGCAUACAGUGCUCAUCCUCAACCUAGGCACUUUAGAAGAAUACAGCGAAACAAAAAUAUAUAUUCAAACUUUUUGUUACUCUGACUUGGUUUCACAUCACAUCAGCCAUUCCUUGUUUUGAAUCCAAAUAUACUUGGUUUAUAUCAGCACUUUUUAUUUUCUAUGGAGCAAAAAGGAGAGCAAAACAUCUUUACUUUUAGCAAUAAUUUAAGUUUAGUGUUUGCUUCUGUAGAUGCAGAAGUUGAUAUACCUCUAAUAAGCUGGGGGAAAUAGAAGCUGACAGAUUCUUCAGCUUUUGAAAUGACCUCAUCCUUUGAAUUAUUUUGUAUAAAAGAGAAGGAUUUGUUACUGAGCCACAAACCUGUCAGUAUGGCUAGAUUGUGUUUAUGGUAUAGGCACUGGAAAUUAAUAUCUCUAUUUACAUAUAUCUUCAAAUUUGCAGUGUUUAUCUGGAUUUAAAUAUUCCAGAGAAUCUUUUUUUAAUGUAUAUCUAAAGAAUUUCUCCUGCCUUAUAAAAUGGUUUUUCUUUGUAUAAGGAAGCUAAAGCACAUGUUUGUACCUGAAGUGUAUCCUCUGAAGAUUUGGGUGAGUAACAGGGAACCAAUGUAGCGUGUGAUAAGCGUGCACAACUUUUCACAUUUAAACUGCUUUCAAACCAAAAACCAUCACAGCUUCAGUCUCAUCCAUUGCACGAUUAGCCCGUGCAGCACAUGCCAGUAUUCGAAGCAAGCAAAAAGCAUCAGGUCUAACAGCUCUUCAGGGAUCGAAUGAAAAACGUCUGGGUGUGAAUCGAGAUUGCUGUCGACGUUUUUGUUUUAUUGUUUUGCCUGUGUGUGUGUUGUGUUCUUCCAAAUAAUAUCAAGUUUUAUUAUUGUUACUCACUGCUGUGUUAAAGGUCUAGUAUAAAACCUUGCUAUUUUGUUUGACAUUAUCUUCUUUUUAAAGGUGAUUUUAAGUGUGUGCAUGAUAUUCAAAGCCAGAUAUUCAUGCUGGGGCACUUUAAAGAAAUCGGCAAAGAAUUGCAUUUCUGAAACCAACAAAUAACACAAGAUUGAGGAUGUUCCUCAUUUGCUUGACCGUUCAUGUUUAACGUGUGAACGUGUUACUGCAGGCAGGCAGCUUCUUGUUUUUCUCUGAGGGAUACUCUAGGUCAGGGAUAUCAAAGUCAUUUUACAUUGAGGGCCACACGCAGUCCACUUUCAUCUUAAAUGGGCCGGACAAGUAUAAAAAAAUAAAGUUAAUCCAAAAAUGUGUGCCCUUCGUGAUAGUUUCUAAAGUCAUCCAGAGACCAGCAGUCUUUGCUGGGCCAAUUUUAGGCCCCAGGCCUUAUGUUUGACAUCCCUGCUCUAGGUGAUUGCACUUUGGUGUUCUUCUGACUUUGUCUUGUUUCAGGGAAAACAGAUCCAGAUUUCUUUAACCAUAACUGCCUUUGAGCUCUGGUGGUGUAACAUCCUUUGCUGAAUGAAGAAAAGCAAACAAAUUUAAAAGAAGAAAUUUUGGAUCAGUGUUCAUGUUUAAAUGCAAAUGUUGCUAUGAAAUCGAGGUUUUCUUCUCAAUAAGGGGAUAAUUUUCUGUCAGUCCUGUCAGACUCCAAUCAAAGCUUUUUCAAGCUUUUAAGUUUUCACACUGGCAGCAAAUUAAACCCAACAUGUUUUGCAUUAAAACAAUCUACUUACCUGCAGCUGCACUAAUUCCACGUUUGUUGAAUGUAACACACCUGUUUUGAUGUGGAGGUCUUUUAUUUUAAGAGUUUAAGGACAAAAGUAUUUUUGGGAAUCCUUCAGUGAUGCUUCACUUAAACACAAGAGUUGUGGUGUGGUGUGGUGGCAGUGAUGAAUGAAAGCAUGAUUGCCAUGUAUGCAAAAGUUGCUUUUGUUUAACUCUAUAUUCAGCUUCUCAAACAGCGACUGUUAUCUGUGGCUACAAAGUACAUCUGAAGCAUAUUACAUGACAAAUAUUUAAUUUAAUUAUUUAAUCCAGCUCUUUGAAAGAUGCAAUACUUACAGGAUAUAAUUCUGAUAAUGCAGGAUUGUUUUGAAGUGACUGGUUAAAUAUAUAUUAUAUGUUUUUUAUUCUAAAGUAAUAAUGCAGUGCAAUGCCUUGAAUGUCCACGUUAAAGUUUAAACUGUCUUUAAUCAGUUUAAGGUACCUGGUGUAUUUUCACAAAAAAACUGAGACGUGAUAUUUUUGUCAUGCAGAACCUAUUUGUCUAUUUUGGCAAUAAAGAUCUGUACA